UCAUCGCUCCGAAGCCAAUUGCUUCAAACCUCACACCCCCAAAAACGUGCCAUUGACCCUUCAGCCAACAUGCGACGGUCGAUACAGAGACUCGCGAGCGUCAAGCCGCAGCGCUACCUCGAGCCCGGCACCGCCACUGGGCUCGCAGGCCUGCGCACCCACGGCUCUCCCCGAUCGACCCUCCUGUACCUCUACUCGAGCACUCUGGAGCAGCUCAAGGCCGUGCCCGAGCACUCCGUCUACCGCCAAUCAGUCGAGGCCCUGACCAAGCACCGCAUGGCCAUCCUGCAGUCCGUCGUCCCGCCGGGACACGCCGAGUGGUCGGCCAAGGCAAGCCAGAAGAUCGAGGCCAACCCGGACUUUUUCCACUCUGCGGCCGAGGGGCCCGUCGGAGGGACGAGCAUCACGCGUAUCGACAGGAACGGUGAGACCUUCUUGGUCCGCAAAAACCAGGAGGAGAAGGACAUGCGCGACGAGGAAUGGGACGGUGAGCCCAACGAGGGCCCGGAGUUGGAGGGAGCCAGGUCCAGCGAGGAGCGCUCCAGGCAAGCCAGGAAGAUGUUGAGGAAGUCUCACGACUAUUCUUCGCGAGUAGACUGGGAGCCCGAACCGCAAUUGACUGCUGAACAAGUCGAGGAGGUCGAGAACAAGAUCGGAGCCGGACUCAUCGAGGAGGUUGUGCAGGUUGCCGAGGGUGAGUUGAGUCUAGUCAAGACCAUGAUCGAGGGCAAAGUAUGGGAGAGCCUGGAAGAGCAGCCGGCCGAAGGCCAAUGGAAGUACUUUGAAAGGAAAGCCGCGUAAACGGUUGAACUUGGUCAAGACGGUAGCGACAUUGGAGUUCAGAACUAGAAGGUAGUCAAGGGGGUACGGUGGAGAGGCUGAGCAGUGUACAGUAUAGACCAGCUCGGCGUGUAAAUACAUAGAAUCGGACGGGAUAUGUGAGGUAUUGCGAUGGAUAGUGAUUCCAAUUUCUGUUUGUCAACAGUUACACGAUGCAUCUUUUCCAGACGCAUGAUCG